CCGAACCAAGCCAGCGGUCGAACACUCCCCGAAAAGUGCAUUCCCUAGCGCGCUAUUGUGUCGUUGGUGUUGUUCCGCUCUCGACGUGCUUUCGAUUAGAAGUUCCACUGCUGUGCUGAUUAAAACGCGCGUGUUUUUGUCGGAAUUGGCAAAGGCGAGGGUUUUGAAAGUGGUAGUGUUUGAUAAAAUAAACCUGGUGCUGGCAUUUCCGCUCUUGCCUUUGAGGAGUUCUGGUACUGCUUUUUCAAACAGCAAAACACUUUGCGAAACGUGAUGCGCGCGUCCGUCUGAACAGCGUCCGGUGUGCGCUUGGCUGAAGGCAGCGAAACACAGAAAAAUAGAAGAGAUGACAGAGACGGGGCGAGAUGCCGCGUGUUUAGAUACCGGAAUACGUGUCUUUUAGGGGUAGCAAAGCAAGCCAUUCGUGUUUUUGAGCUUGUAAAACCGGUGUGGCGGUUCAUAGAACAGUUGUCUCUCGGUUCGGUUGUGAGUUAUUUAGUUAGCUCCGGUUUUUGGGCAAGAAUUAAGCAUAGAUACUCUUGUUGUUACAGCGCGUGUGGGUUAGUUCAGCUUCUUUCAGAUCGAAUAACGUACGAAGAACGUAUGGUAGUGGCAUUCUUGGACAAAUAUUUCGCAGAUAAUUUCGUUCUUCUGCAAUACAGUGGGAUAUAAAGUGUAUGCUGGAUAUAAAGUGGAUUUAAUUAUACUCAAUUUUAAUGGUUUUUGUUUAAUCCAGGAAAUUGGAUUUCAAAUUAAACAGUUGGCAAACUCUGUGUUCCACGCGCUCUAUUCUGCAAACUCUUCAAGUGGUUGUUUGGAUUCAAUCGGGUAUCGGGAUCUAUAAUUGAUUAUUCCCAAAAUUUUGGCUUUCUAUAUUAGCAUAAGCUUAAAUCAAGGAUGGCUCACCAAGGAGAUCAGAAGCGUGACAAGGAGAAUAGUUUGAAUGCGAAGCGUGAUAAAAAUGAUAUCAUCGGUGCAGAAGAAGUUGAUGAAGAUAAUACCGACAUGGCACGUUUGACCAGAUACAACGAUGGUUCGGUUAAGCUACGCAAUCCCAACAUUGAACUCAUGGAUCAAGAUAUCCUAUACCAUCUGGCGCUUGGUAGCGGUAGCCACGAUCUGCAUGAAAUGUUUGGCGACGUGAAGUUUGUCUGCAUGGGUGGAACACCGAAGCGUAUGGAAACGUUUGCUCACUUUAUUAUGGAGGAAAUCGGCUACAAACUUCCCGCUGGCACUCAGCUGCAAGAUAUCAGUGCAUUUUCCUAUCGCUACUCCAUGUACAAGGUUGGGCCUGUACUUUCUAUUAGCCAUGGUAUGGGGGUACCGUCUGUUGGUAUUCUUCUCCAUGAGCUUAUUAAGCUGAUGUACCACGCCAAGGUAAAGGAUCCGAUCUUUGUGCGCAUUGGCACAUGCGGUGGUAUCGGUGUGGAAGGUGGCACCGUCGUCAUUACAGAAGACGCGUACGAUGGUUUGCUCCGGAACAGCUACGAGUUGGCUAUUCUUGGAAAAAUAGUUCAUCGUCCGGCAAUUUUGGACAAACGACUGGUGCGGGAACUGAAGUCACUUGCCACGCACGAUGAUCCAUAUGAGACGAUUACUGGCAAAACGAUGUGCACCUACGACUUCUACGAAGGCCAAGGCAGAUUGGAUGGUGCAUUCUGCGAGUUUUCAGAAACGGACAAAAUGACAUAUCUGGAGAAAUUGCGCGACUUCGGCGUGGUAAACAUCGAGAUGGAGUGUACCAUUUUUGCUGCACUCACGCAUUACGCCGGUAUCAAGGCAGCGAUCAUUUGUGUCACGCUGCUGGACAGACUGAAAGGUGACCAGGUGAUGGCCCCGAAGGAGGUGAUGAACGAAUGGCAACAACGACCACAGAUAUUAGUUUCCCGAUUAAUUAAGAAGCACCUCGCCCAGAUGGGCCACCUAAAGUCGCUCGCCUCGACACCGUCGUCCAUCAAGUCGCCGCGCCGAUUUAAGCUGGUACAGCAGGAAUCGGAAGCGCACGAGUAAGCCUGCUCAAUAAUCUGCGCAGAUAGCGCCCUCAUUCUGCCACGUUUGUGUUUUACAUUUACAAACUAGAUAUUUCAAUAAUCAUGCAUCUAAUUAGUGCAUAUCCGUAACAUUAAAGCGUUAAAAGACAAAUAAAUUUAGCAACUUAAACAAAUGUCCUAACAAAGCAAAGGAAAGGAGAAGCUGAGGAGAGAAACACCUAACACACAGACACAAAUUCAGAAAAGCAUUAUGAAUAUGGUGACAGUGCCUGCGUAUGAUUAGGUGCCAAUAGUACGUUCGCUACAUCUGAAGCAACUAAUUUACCAGUGCUGCUAAUAUUUUAGCGUUUAGUUUUACGAUUCAAGCGAAUGCUUACAUAUAGAUUGGACAGUAUAGAUGUAUGGCUUGUGUAUAGAAUUGCGUUAGACACACCGGUACACUUAAAUAGUAAUACAACAUACCACAGAUAAUCGUUAAGAAGGAGGUACUAAAACAACGCUGCCGUAUGAUUGCCGUGAAAUAUGGAACUCUUUAUUGCAUGUAAUGCAUUGAAACGUUUGAUAUUCCCGUAUAAUUAAACCGUAAUACUAAACCUUCUUAAACUAAACGUUGUGAAGCAUUAUGUUUUAGUGCUUGUAUGAUUAUCAUCCAAACUUGUUUUACAAAACCUAACCAUCACCGAGCGAAACCAAAAACGGAAUACUUACAUUAGAUUGAAGCUUGUAAAAAACAUAACUCUGUGUAAAGGUGUUAAUUAUCACCUACGCGCGAAUCAUGUUCCAAUCCUUGCCCGUACAUUAGCGAUGGUAAGCAUGAAGCUUAAUUUGAAAGCUGUUUUUGUUGAAUAUUGUGUGUUUCCCAUAAUCCUCUAACGUGUGAAGCAUUAAAAAUAAUCAAGUUGAACAAUA